UAUUAUUAAUCAGCAUAAAGAAGCAGCCUGGGCUGUUUCUGCAGGAACAAAGCAGUCAACCAGCUCCUCUGUUGAGCUCAAUCCUGCUGCUAUCAGAUGUCUAAAUGAAUAACAUGUGUGUUUAAAAUUGCAUCCUAACACAGGCAGACGAGACAGUGAUCAGCAGAGAUGGCGGCAGCAGCAGCUCCGGCGGUGAGAAAGGUAUGUCUGCAGAGCCAGAGGGCUGCAGGGAGAGGGCUGUUUGUUUUAUAGUGUUACAAACAUUUAUAUUUAUGCAGGUCAGGGGGUCAUAGAGCUAUUUUACCUUUGUGUGUUUGUGUAUUUAACUUUUAUUUUUUUAUUUAAUGGUAUUGUAUGAAAAAAUUAUAAAUAUAUAUCUGCCUCCAGAGUAGUGUACUGCCUCUUUCCAACCUUUCAGAUUGUGCUGUGUGAGAUCUCCAUACCACAAAGACAUUAUUACAUUAUUAUUUUACCUGGUAAUUACACAAUUUGUCCAAAUGCAAGUUUAGGAAUUAAUUCCAGGCUUCUCCGUGGAACACGUAGAACCACCACAGCUUUAUUAGCAACUUCAUCAAACGAUUACCAACAAUUUCCCGGCACUCACAGAAUACUUCACUUCCGUGUAUCGUACACACCUCCUUCAGAAUAAAAGCAUGACUUGAAACAAAAUGAGUAAAGAUGUAUAAAUUUCAUGUUGCUUAACACAAGUCCCAGCAACCCAGUAAUGAUAUUGUAAUAAGUGCUAUUUGGGUGAAUCAAACCUUUAAAAUCUUAGGUAGGAUAUGAAGUAGUACUUUGUGUGGAAUGUGGUCCUGAAAGUGCAGCGUCUGGCUCUUUGGUCAAACUUACUGGGGCCAAAAUGAAAGUGGAAUACUCCUUGAAAAAAAUCUUUUAAAUUCUAAGAAUAUUUUGAGUGAAAUCAUCCUUUAAAACUGUAAGUUCCGCAUUUAAACCGUAACUUGUGUACUUUAGUGAUCAUCUAUUGUAACUUAAAAAAUGUUGUAAAUGUGCGACCGGAAGUUUGCAGCCCUCUCCCCGCAGCCCUCUCCCCGCAGCCCUCUCCCCGCAGCCCUCGAUUCUGCAGACAUUCCCUUCUUCUCACGGCGGCUGCAGCGGCUCUGCGGCCCCUUUAAGGCCGUGUCGGAAUAAUUAAUGACGUCGCGCUGUAAACACGACUGACGCUCAGCUGCGUGGCCGAAGCAUCCUCAGACCGACGAUCCCCGAGUACCCUCCAGGUUCCCGUGUUUAUUUCACGACGGCGCUGCUGGGAGGCAUUAAAAAUACACGGGGUUCGCCUGGACUCUCAUAUGCGGUCUCCAGAACCAAGGCGACGGUGCAUCGGUUCUGCCCACUGCCAUGGCUAGAAAGACGGACAUCCCCUCCUCUUACUACGGUGAACCACGCAAGUUUGACCCAAACUUCAGUGGGCCUGUUCAGAACAGGCACUGCACUGAUGUGGUUUGCUGCAUUAUCUUUGUCGUUGUCAUCCUUGGCUACAUCGCUCUGGGUACCGUGGCCUGGAUUCAUGGUGACCCCAGGAAGGUCGUCUAUCCAACCGACAGUCACGGCCAGUUCUGCGGCCAGCAGGACACCCCCAAUGCAAACAAAGCCAUAUUAUUCUACUUCAACAUGUUGAAAUGUGCCAAUCCUGCAGUUUUAAUUAACCUCCAGUGCCCUACAACCCAGCUCUGUGUCUCCAAGUGCCCUGACAGAUUUGCCACUCUCCUGGAUGCAAGGAAUACCAAAAACUGGGAAUAUUACAAGCAAUUCUGCAAACCAGGCUUUGAGAUUGGCAGUAAGUCAACUGGAGAAGUCAUACGAGAUGAAGACUGCCCAUCUAUGAUUGUGCCAAGCAGACCUUUUCUUCAGCGGUGCUUCCCUGAUUUCAUUAAAAGAGAUGGAAUUUUAACUGUAGCCAAUCAGACCAUCUUCAAAGACGGUGACAAUAACAAGAGAAGCGUCAACGACCUCAAAGAUGCUGCCAUAGGUAUUGCCAGUCUGCUGAAUGCCAAAGAAGUUGGCAUGAAGAUCUUUGAGGAUUAUGCAAAUUCCUGGAUCUGGAUCCUCAUCGGUCUGGUGAUAACCAUGGUGGUCAGUUUGGUCUUCAUCAUGCUCCUGCGCUUUACUGCUGGUGUCCUAUUGUGGCUCAUUAUCUUUGGCGUAAUCAUUGCCGUUGGCUACGGUAUCUGGCACUGUUACUGGGAGUACAGUUCUCUGAUGGGGAAGCCAGGCUCUAAUGUCACCAUCACUGAUAUUGGCUUCCACACAGACUUCAGUAUUUACCUUCAGCGCAGCCAGACAUGGCUCAUCUUCAUGAUCUCGCUUUCUGUGAUUGAGGCCAUCAUUGUCAUCAUGCUGAUAUUUCUGAGGUCGAGGCUGCGCAUCGCUAUUGCUUUACUGAAGGAAGGAAGCAAGGCCAUCAGCUACAUCAUGUCCACUCUGUUCUACCCUGUCAUCACCUUUUUCCUUCUGGCCAUCUGCAUUGCUUACUGGGCAGUCACAGCAGUCUUCUUAGCAUCAUCUGGCAACGCAGUCUACAAGGUCGCACCUGCUGACGAUAAAUGCAUGUAUGCAAACCUCACAUGCAAUCCUCAGACCUUCAAUAAGUCCAAUAUUACCAAAGUGUGCCCCGGGUCACAGUGCAUGUUCGCCUUCUACGGUGGGGAGAGUAUGUACCACCGCUACAUCUUAGUCCUCCAUCUGUGCAACCUGUUCGUGUUCCUCUGGCUGGUGAACUUCACCAUUGCCCUGGGUCAGUGCACUCUGGCCGGGGCCUUCGCCUCCUAUUACUGGGCCCUGAAGAAGCCAGAUGACAUCCCUGCCUGUCCACUGUACUCCUCGUUCAGCAGAGCCAUACGCUAUCACACAGGUUCUCUGGCCUUCGGUUCUCUAAUCCUGGCUGUGGUGCAGAUGGUCCGAAUUGUUCUUGAAUACCUGGAUCACAAACUGAAAGGUUCUCAAAAUGCCUGCGCUCGAUUCUUGCUUUGCUGCCUCAAAUGCUGCUUCUGGUGCCUGGAACGUUUCAUCAAGUUUAUAAACAGAAAUGCAUACAUUAUGAUAGCAAUAUAUGGGAAGAACUUCUGCACCUCUUCCAAGGAUGCUUUCUUCCUCUUGAUGAGGAAUGUUGUUCGGGUGGCUGUCCUGGACAAGGUGACAGACUUUCUGCUGUUCUUGGGAAAACUGCUUAUUUCAGGAAGUGUUGGUGUUCUAGCAUUUUUCUUCUUCUCACGUAAAAUACCAGUUUUUCAAGAGGAGGUGCCGUCACUAAAUUACUACUGGGUCCCUCUUCUGACGGUGAUAUUUGGAUCCUACAUGAUCGCACAUGGCUUUUUUAAUGUCUAUGCCAUGUGUGUGGACACGUUGUUCCUGUGCUUUUUGUGGGAUCUGGAGGUGAAUGAUGGCUCUCCACACCGGCCCUUCUACAUGAACAAGACCUUGAGGAGGAUCCUCAACAAGAAGAACAGGAGGAAGUAGAGACAAGCAGAGAGGUGGGAGAAGGACAAAGACUGAAGGUUAAUACAGAGCCACGGUACAAGCCCCUGUGGCAUUAAACACUUUGCCAAACCGUAUUUAAGUGUACACAAGUUGCAGCUGUACACUAUAAUGAGAUAAAGGACUGUAAUAAUCUGAUUCAUCCACACACUGAUGGAUUUGAGAGUUUACUCCAGAUGUCAGUUUGUCUAAAAGUCUUAGAUUAGCUGGUGUACACAGUCACACCAGGUUAUUGUAAAUAAUUUUUAAGUGUACAGUUAUAACUGAUGGUUUGUUGUAUAUGUUUUACAGCCACAAUCACACUACGGAUUAAGUUCCUAUUGGAACAAGUGAAGUCUGUCUUUAGUGGAUCUGGUAACCUCAGCUUUGGUUCUUAAUGUCUUGUAGUUGCCAGUUGUCAGCACUUGGUGGUGCCAGACGUCAUACGUGUGCUGUUGUUGAGGUAUCAGCUCCACUGUGUUUUAUCACAGCCUUUGACCAUUAAGUGUCUCACAUUGAGAAUCAUAUGCGCCACUUGGUGUCCACGGUUUUCAAAUUUAACUGUCAUCGCAGCUUGAAGUGCUUCACCUUUAAGUGCCUUUUUCUUACAGUUGUCACAGUGAGUGUUUAUAAUUUAAUAGUGCAGCUAUGUAGAUUAUAUUUGAAGAUCCUUCCGUAUUUUUUUAAUAAGUUCUUAUAAUAGGAUUUUGUAGCAGUCAGUGAUGAAAAUCUUUAUCUUUUCCAAAUAUCUGCUUUGGAGCAGGACUAAAAGGGUAAAUUUAAGCAUGUUUUGUGUUUAGAAGACAGUCACAGGUUUGCACACAGCAGCAGAUUCUGUGCUCAGCCGAAACCUUUGUGUUAUACAUGUGAUUUCUGUGGUUUCUAACCUGCUGCUGAUAUGGGCACAUGGAUACAGUAUGUAACUCAGAGGGCAGUGUAAUGACCCCAUUGACAGCUAUAAUAACCAUUACAGUGUGUGAAAUGUGGUGAUUGGUUGCUCCUAAGUGAUACUCUAGAAAUACAUGUCAUUAAUAUUAAACAGUCAUCCCCUGUUGAUUUUAAAGGUGGCUCCCUUCACAGAGAUCACUGGCUGUAUUCAACUCAAAUGGAAUUCACUAAUAUACUCCAACACUUAGGUUUAAAUCACACUUGCAGUAUAACCCCCUUCUCGCCUGACCAUUUUUAUGUUUUUCAGCCACAUCAAAAAUAUAUCUAAAUAUGUGGCCAACCGCAAACACACAGCUAACAAGCAGAAGCAGUGUGAAGAUAUUUCUGUUGAUGUGAAGCUGCUGGAGUGCUUUGAUAAGUUUCUCUGAACUACAACCUGCAGAUGACGAGUAUUUGAUUUCUGAGUCAUCCAUCUGGUAUUAGAACAAAACACCAAAGUUUCUUGUUGGAAUUCUGAACUUGAUUCAAAACAGCAUUACAGGUUUUAGGUCUUCUUGUUGCGCCAAAAGGAAGCUGUGGGUCAGUUUGCUCAGUUGUAUGUAUUACCAUCAGGCUGAUAUUAUAAUGUGAAAGGUGGAGAUGUGUUGCAGUCUAAUGAAGUGCUUGAUUGUAUAUAUUGUAAAUAUUAUUACUAUUGUUCUAUUACUAUUUAUUCUUAUCACUACGUCUACUGUUACAUAAGCUGCUGUAACAAUGUAAAUUUCCCCUGGAGUGGGGAGAAAUAAAGAACUUUAUCUUAUCUUAUCUUAUAA